GGAGCGACUUGCACGCGCCAUGCGUCGUCGUCUACACACCGUGUCAACGGGGCAAGGUAAAGCAUCCUCUGUAUUAUGUCGUCACAGUGGUGACAGUGCUAGUGUUUGUGAUAGCAAAAUUCUCGUGCCAAAAUAACAUUGAGAUAAUAAUAACUAACAUCUGGACAGUUGCUUAAAGAAAAAUGAAAAAGUGAUCACGCCUCUCAAGACUAUUUCAGACCAUCAAUGAAAACAAGGUUGAACUCUUGAGAUAAAAUAAUCAAACAAGUAAAGUGAAAGUAAGUCAGUUUCUUCAGAUUCUACAAUUUCCAAGGAUCGAUGAGUACCAAAAGCGUUAUUAUCUUUAAAACAGAUUGAAAAUUUCUAUAAAACAACCAAAUUGUGAACAACAAGAAUAAAAAAAAAAUUUGUUGUGACUUUAACUGUCAAUGAUUAUUAUGAGUACAGAGUGUCACUGAUAACAUUGCCUGCAUUACAAGCAGCCAGGUUGCUAAUCUUUUUUAUAUUUUAAUUCUUGUUGAGAAUAUCGGACUUGAUAGUAAUUUUUCUAGUCAUUUAGUUACUGUCUUACAAACGUGAUUUAGAAAACUGCGAAAAUUAAAUCGUCAGGAUGAGUUUGCUAUCACCAACAAUAGACAGACUCCACUGUCUCGUAGAUGAGGACGCAGAUCACAACAUGCUACAGGAUCUUCAAUUAGCUGCAGAACUGGGCAAAACUUUACUUGAACGAAACAAAGAAUUAGAGAAUACUAUUAGAUCGCAGCAGGAUAAAAUUGAGGAGCAAGCCCAUGAGAUUGAGUAUAUGAAGAAACAAACUACUGCUCUCAGAGAAGUAAACGACUCACGAUUAAGGAUUUAUGAACAAUUAGAAGUCAGCAUUCAAGAUUUGGAACGGGCAAACCAUCUUCUCGUUGUUGAUAAUGCCAAUGAUAAGAAGCUCUUAAAAACACAAUCUAUGACAAUUGAAAAUUUGGAGAUUAAAUGUGAAGAUAUUCACAAAAAGUUUGAUGAUAUUAAAUCCAAAUAUCAAAUUCUUGUUCGACAACAAAGUACAAACGAAGAAGUUCAGGAUAAAGUUUUGUGGAAAAAUACGCCAGAUGGUAGCAUAAACAAGAAGGCUACUUCAACCACAACAAAAUCCACUUCUAAUGUAAACGGUAAUACACAGGAAUAUGUAAACAGUAUAAGCAAUGAUGAGGAGGUAACAAGUUUAUUAAAACAAUUAAAUGAAGUUCGCAGUCAAAGAGCGAGGGAACAAAAAAAGAUAUCUGAUCUUGAAAUUCAACUUUCGAGCAUUGUGCAUGAAAAUAAUGCCUUAGAAGAGCAGCUUAAUGUUUGGCGAAAUAAAGCGCAGGACGUGAAAAAUCUUCAAGAUGAAUUGAGUACUCUAGAAGAAGUCAGACAAGGUCAUCUUUGCGGUCGAUGUUUGCGGGGAAUUAACAUGAGAAGUCAUGAAGAAUUAACCCUGAUGAUGGAUCGAAAUGGACCUGAUAUACCGGAAGAUGACGAAAUAAGUUUACCUGGAACUUUCAUAAAUGGCGUCAAUGGACACUCUAAUUGUUUGCUGCAGGAUAUAAACAGUAAGAUGGGAUUAAUGGAUCAAAUUCAGGAUAAUUACGAGUUGAUCUUUAAAGAAGAUAAAGAUUAUAACUCACAUUCCAAGACAACCGCCCUAAAUACUUGCAUGUCCCUUCAAGAAGAGCUUAGAAUGUCUGGAGAAUUUAACAACUUUCAAAAUGCAACAUCCAAAAAAUCAGACAAUCACGUGGGAGACAAAACUGCAAAAGAGAAAACAGUUAAAAUUAUGCAAAAAGGAGGAAAAAAAUUUUCCGGAACUCCUACAGAUUUUUCCGAAGCUGAAACUUUGUCCUCUGGAUUUUCGGACGAGACAAUCAAUAAAUCAACUCAAACCGAUGGCCGACCUGGUUCUCUUCUUUGUUCAAUUGCAGAUGGUGACAAUUGUAAAUUAAGUAUUUAUGAUGAUAAUAGCACAUUCGAAAGUCGCUUUAAUCACACACCGGAGUAUCGACAAAUUUUCAGUGAAAUCGUCAGUGCUCUAAAACGAGCUGCCGAAGCCAAAGAAGAAAAUGAUAAAUUACCACAAAACAAUGUUUCUGAUAUUUCGAAUAUUUCAUCAAAUUAUUCAUUUGCAACUGAUGGAACAGGUGGUGAGGAGACGGACGAUACUCAAAGUGUCAUGUCCUCGACAAUAUGUUCAGUAGUCUCCGAGCCAAUCUUUAAACCAAAUUUCAGUAACAAAGAGAGACACAAACCAGAUUUAGAGAAAAACACUGAAACUCCGAUAAGACCACAGCACCAUAGACGUCAACCAUUAGACUAUUUGUCGAUUCAGACGAGGAAGAAGUCGGCUAAAAAGAAUUCUCCUAAAAAAUACAAUGUUGAACCACAUUCCACACCUGAUGUUAUUCCAACUAUUAAUCCUAAAUUCACGCACGCCAAGUCAAACAGUGGUGGCAAAAGAAGAUUUAGACCUCUGACAAAUACGGACCUGGAAAGCGGAGUUUGGAAUGGUUACACUACUCACUUUUAUUCAAGCAAAAAGAAGGAUUCAAGAUCAAGCAAUUCCCAUUCGAAGAGUCCAAACAAUCAAAAUAAUACGAGCUUCGAAUACAAAGAUUAUAAACCAAGUGUGGCCUCGCAGGAAAUUGCCAAACUUAAAAAACUUGACAUGUCUUAUGCAGAAGUUCUUCGCAUGCCAAAUAAACCCAAAGGAAACAACAUGCGUAGAAGUAGUUAAAUUUUUUUUAAUUCAAAUUUUAAAGAAGUGAGACUUUUUAUUUUAUAGCAAAAAAAUUGCACAUUUUUAGGCUCAUAUCGAAAUUCUUUAAUUACAUCAAAUUGAAUUCGACAUUUUUUCUUAGUAAACUGUGUUAUUAAAUUAUUAUUAUUAUUAUUAUUAUUAUUAUUAUUUACAUUUCAGUAUUGGUGAUGGCUUAGCCAUUCAGAAUAUUUUUUGUACAUAAAAAAGAAGCUGAUUUUAAUAUUAUAGUGCAAUGAACGAAAAAUGACAAUUUAAUAUAUUUUAUACUUUUACAAUUUGUAUUCAAAGGUGAAUGUGAAUGAAUUAAGUCUCAUAGAGAUUAUAAUUACUUAAAGUAAAAUGUAUCGGAGGGAUAACAAAAAUUAAUUCUCAUGUGCCAUUAAACGUCUACAAAUUACAAUCAAACUAUUAUUUCUGAGAAUUCUCGUUGUAAUGUGUAUAUUGAAAAAUUUUUCGUUCAGAAAAUGAUAAUUUUCAAUGGAUGUCAAGAAACUAUCAUUCCUUGAAAUUUAAUGAAAAAAAAAAAAAAAUCUAUCCGUUUUAUAUUAUAUAUAAGUACAUUUUAAAGACAGGUAUGGACUGCUAUGUUGUGAUUAUCUUGUAUUAAGGAAAUUAAAUCUUUAUCGGAUACAA